CUCUACCUAUUGACAGAAAAAUGGCGGCGCAAACAGAUCGCGGGGUCCCACUGAGUACGCUUUGUCCCAAGUUUCUCCAUACCAAUUCCACCAGCCACACCUGGCCUUUCAGCGCUAUAGCUGAGCUCAUAGAUAAUGCCUAUGAUCCAGAUGUCAGCGCCAAACAGUUCUGGAUUGAUAAGACUGUGGUCCAAGGACAAGACUGUCUCAGCUUUAUGGAUAAUGGAAAUGGGCUAGACAAUGAAACGAUGCACAAGAUGCUCAGCUUUGGGUACAGUGACAAGAUCCCUGUGAAGGGUAUCAAGCCGAUUGGCAUGUACGGCAAUGGUUUCAAGUCUGGAUCCAUGCGUCUUGGCAGAGACGCCAUCGUGUUUUCCAAGUCAAAGAAUGUGUCAUGCGUCGGGAUGCUCUCUCAGACCUACCUGGAAAAGAUCGGUGCUAACCAAAUAAGUGUACCUAUUGUCUGCUUUGAACAGAGAGAAAAUAAUAAGUUCAGUGUAAGAGAGGAGCACAAAGCCAGUCUGCAGGACAUCCUGCUCUAUUCCCCUUUCAAGACACAGGAGGAACUGCUCCGUGAGAUCGAUGCCCUCACUUCCAACUCUACAGGGAAAACUGGCACACGGAUCAUCAUCUGGAAUCUCCGCAGCUCUUCCUCUGGAACAACAGAGUUUGAUUUUUUAAGGGACCGUUACGAUAUUCGGAUUCCAUCUGAUGUCUACGAGACAAUGAAUGACACGUCCCAACAACCAGACAGGGUUACGUCAUACAUUCCUGAGAGUUUUUACUCACUGCGGGCGUAUUGCAGUAUUCUCUACCUGAAGCCUCGGAUGCAGAUCAUCAUACGUGGUCAAAAGGUAAAAUCUCAGCUCAUUGCUAAGAGCUUGGCCUGCGUCAGAAAGGACCACUACAGGCCCACUUUCUUGACCAAACGCAUUCGUAUCACUUUUGGUUAUAACACCAAAAGUAAAGACCAGUAUGGCAUUAUGAUGUAUCACAAGAAUCGGCUCAUCAAACCCUACGAACGUGUGGGCUGCCAGCUCAAGGCCAACAACAAAGGUGUUGGGGUCAUCGGGGUGAUUGAGUGUGACUUUCUGGAUCCAACUCACAACAAACAGAGCUUUAAUGAGACAGAUAAGUACAGGAAAACUAUGACCAGUCUGGGGACCAAACUGGAAGAGUACUGGAAUGAAAUCCGCUUCAGCAGAAACAAAGAGAAUCCAAACAGCGACACACCAGUGGAAGAUACCAUGAAGCGACCAGAUCAAAACUGGGUGCAGUGUGAUGACUGUUUGCGCUGGCGCAAACUCCCCGAUGGGAUCGACGUCGCCAAGCUGCCAGAUAAAUGGUUCUGCCGUAUGAACCCCGAUCCUCAGUUCAGGAGCUGCCAGGUAGAACAGGAGCCUGUGGACUCUGAUGAUGAUCAACCUUCGUACCGCAAGACCUAUAAACAGCAAGAGAAGAAAGACAAAAUGAAACUAGAGAAGGAAAGACAAAAGGCUGAGGAGGAAAGAAAGCGGCAGGAAAUGCAGCGCUUGGCUAAUCUCGCUCGGCAGUCACCAGCCCAGAGAAAGCAGCAGAUUGUCCAUUCCCCGUCCACUCCCACUACCCCAAAGAGUAGUUUUAAUACUCCACAUGGGGGUGCUGUGAGGGCUGAAUCCUCCCCUCUGAUAUCAACACUUUCACAAGCUGCUUGCAGUCCUUCCAGUAGCAGUGGUCUUCCAAUUAUUUCUAGUGUAUGCUCGCUGUCGACAGGCCCCCUGAGGGGAAAAAGAGCACAGCCUAUUUCUCCACAAAUGACACCCAAAAGACCUAAAAUUAAUGGCUUCCAUCGGGGCAACACAAAUACGUCGGUGGAUGUGAACCCACCGAGCUCCCCAUCAUUGCUCAUUGAUGAUGAUGAUGAUGAUGAUACUGAUGAUGACAUUUUAAUCUUGGAGACUGUCAGUACUCCCAAGCCAAAGAAGACAGGCUUUGAUUUGAGUAAGGUAAAGACAGAACAAGAGCAGAGUGAUGCUAACGUCGGCAUGCUGUUGGAGUGCAGCGAUGAUGCUGCUGUGGACGACGCCUCGACGACAGACGUUGCAGGAACGGGCUCUGCGGGGUCGGCAGCUGUGGGAACCAGUCCCUCCCCAGCACCCCCUCCAGUCGUGGCCAGCAUCACCACACAGACAGAAGUAACCAAAGUGAAGAAGGAAGAGGAGGACCGAAGUCUAACUGAAAGGGAGGAGAGAGCAGAGCAGAGUGCAUCUAGUAAGAACAGCAGAGAACGGACGUCAGAUGUUGGCGUCGGUGUCUGCAACGAUGAGCAAAGUGUAAUUAAGGAAGAGAGCGGAGACGCUCACAGUGAGAAUCACGGAAAGCAGACCUUGCAGAACAGAGUGACAGAUCACCUGGAUAAUGACGGAGAUGCUGGACCUUCCUGUGAAAAUGCCCGCGACUCUCCAGUUAACCUCCCCAGUGUGACUGAAGUACAGGAACAGCAAGACCACCUCCUAGAGCUUAUGCAGGCUACAGCUGAGGAGAGAGACUCCUUUAAAGAGCAGGUCCAUAAACUCACCUGCCAACUGUCGGACAUGGAGGGCAGGCUGCGGGAGCUGUCUCAGACCAAUGUAAAGAAGGAGUGUUCUCACCAGGCCUGUCAGACGGAGGGAAGCGAGUUUGGGGAGGACUAUAAAAGUCUGUUUGAGAAGGCCAAACAGAAAGUCAAUGAGCUGAUUAAGGACAAAGAGCUUUCACUGGCAGCCACUGAGACCAAGCCCGGUACUGCCCAAGGUGAGGAAAAGGACAUUGAUGACAUUGCAGUGCAAGUCGACUGUCUGAUGCGGGAGCUGGAUCAAAGAAACCAGGAGCGGGAUGAACUGCUCUCACAGGUGGAGAGUCUUGAGGAGGAGAGGGCGAACCUGGCAGCCCAGUGUGAAGAGCUCAGGUUGAGUCUGCAGCAGCAAAGGGAAAACGCACAAAAUGGAAGCACAACUCCACGCAGAGUGACUGAUUCUACUGCACAAACAGAUCCAGAGGAGAGGGGAGCGAUGGCAAACGGUGGCACAGAUUUGACCUCGGAUACAUCCAGAAGUUUGAUCGAGCUGAGGCACAACAUCGGGCGCCUUCUCGUCCGCGACGUCCCCGCUCUAGACCUGGACCAAGUGAAUUAUGAGUGCAAUGUAAUUGAUGAAAUCCUUGAACAAUAUCUCUCCAGGAGAAUGGAGUCUGGUGCAGCCUUGGAGCUGGUAGACAGAGGGAUGGAGCAAUAAAUGAAAAAAAAAAAAUCCUGGAAUAAAGUGCCACACUCCACCUGUAAUGACUCAAAACAGAUUCCAGUGAGUGUAGGGAGAUUAAAUGUUAUUUAUUUGAAGGUUUGUUUAAUGUUUGCAGCUUUUUUUAUCGAUAUACAAUCAAUUCAACACAGUGUAAGCUGCUUUCCUUCAUGUCUUUAUCUUAUGAAUUAUGAAAGCAAUAUAACCAAUGCAGUUAUUGUGUACAUAAAUGAACGUUAUUAGCAUUCACUUUGCUUUGCUGUAAACUGUAAUGUAAAGGUUUUUCCAAACGAA